CGCGCUAUUACUGCAUUAAUGCUAUAAAUAUAAGUUAAUAACAUUGAUAUUCCAUUGAUUAGCAUAAUUCUGUAAUUAUAGAAUACGGUACGUUCCGUAUUCUAGUACCGUACCUACUGCAGUAAGCUACCUAAUCUCUGACAUUUUCUCGAUGAUCGUCUGAUUCCAGCCUUUCACCUACACUAUCACAAUACAGACAAGAUGAGCCUAUGGUUGAAGUGUUCUACCUUAGCUAAAGGUUUUCAACAGACACGUCUAUCUUUACUUACAAACAGACAGUAUUCAGCUUUUCGGAAAAAUCAGCGAUCAGCUGUAUUCAAAUGGGUUUCACCUUUGCGUAAGUCUGCAGAUAUUGCAAAACAGCUCCCAAUUCAUCAGCCUGGUCAAAAAAUAAUCGGAUGGUGGCUAGCUGGAUGUUGUGGCCUGGUGGUUGGUGCUGUUGUUUUGGGUGGUGUGACUCGGCUAACAGAAUCUGGAUUGUCUAUGGUUGAUUGGCAUCUUAUCAAAGGUAUGAAACCACCAACUUCACAAGAGGAUUGGGAGAAUGAGUUCAACAAAUAUAAACAAUUUCCUGAGUUCCGAAUAUUGAAUCAUGAUAUGACAUUGAAAGAAUUUAAAUUUAUCUGGUACAUGGAAUACAGUCAUAGAAUGUGGGGAAGAUUAAUUGGUGUCGUCUAUCUUCUACCACUUGCUUACUUCUGGAAGAAAGGUUGGUUAAAUCGAGGAAUGAAAAUCAAGUCAGGAUUACUGGGAACUCUUCUUGUUUCACAGGGACUUAUCGGUUGGUUCAUGGUUAGGAGUGGACUCGAAGAGAGGUUCGCAGAUUCAGAUGUACCGAGGGUCAGCCAGUACAGACUCGCUACACACUUGGGUUCAGCAUUUCUACUUUAUACUGGAAUGCUAUGGAUGUCAUUAACGCAAUUACUUCCCAAAAAGUCUUUAAAUUUAUCAACAACGCGGAAAUUGGUGCUUCGAUAUCAUGCAUAUGGCUUAAUGAGCCUUGUUUUUGUUACUGCUCUAUCAGGUGCAUUUGUGGCUGGUCUAGAUGCAGGACUUGUAUAUAAUUCAUAUCCCAAGAUGGCAGACAGGUGGAUACCAAGUGACCUAACAGCGUUCACCCCAAAAUGGCUUAAUAUAUUUGAAAAUCCUACCACUGUGCAGUUCGAUCAUAGAAUAUUAGGUCAUCUUAGUUUAGCAUCAGUCAUGAGUAUGUGGUAUAUGGUACGAAGAUCUUCAGGUGUCCAUUCACGCGCCAUACUUGCAUCUAAUUUUAUGCUGGGAAUGGCUUUUAUUCAGGUACUGUUGGGAGUAACAACUUUGCUGACUUAUGUUCCAACAUCUACAGCGGCCAUGCAUCAAUCAGGGUCUCUUACUCUCCUAUCAUUCACGACAUGGCUGGCUCAUGAGCUGAGACGUGUACCUAAGUAAGCAAAACUGACUAUUCCACCGCAGAGACUAUGCACAGAUGAAGAAACAAAAGAAUGGCAGAAUUCUACAAAUAAUAUUGAAUUUAAUAAAUAUCAGCAUUUUUUUACAGCUUGCAAAUAUAAAUACAAUUAUGUCAUUUCCUAA